AUGGCUCGUACCAAGCAGACCGCGCGUAAAUCCACCGGAGGCAAAGCUCCCAGGAAGCAGCUGGCCACCAAGGCCGCCCGCAAGAGCGCCCCGGCCACCGGCGGAGUCAAGAAGCCUCACCGCUACAGGCCCGGCACCGUGGCUCUGCGGGAGAUCCGUCGCUACCAGAAGUCCACCGAGCUGCUCAUCCGCAAGCUGCCUUUCCAGCGCCUGGUGCGAGAGAUCGCUCAGGACUUCAAGACCGACCUGCGCUUCCAGAGCUCGGCCGUCAUGGCCCUGCAGGAGGCUAGCGAGGCUUACCUGGUGGGCCUGUUCGAGGACACCAACCUGUGCGCAAUCCACGCCAAGAGGGUCACCAUCAUGCCCAAAGACAUCCAGCUGGCCCGCCGCAUCCGCGGAGAGAGAACAAUGAGCGGCAGAGGAAAGGGAGGGAAAGGUCUGGGCAAAGGAGGCGCCAAGCGCCACCGCAAAGUCCUCCGUGAUAACAUCCAGGGCAUCACCAAGCCCGCCAUCCGCCGCCUGGCCCGCCGCGGCGGAGUCAAGCGCAUCUCCGGCCUCAUCUACGAGGAGACCCGCGGCGUGCUCAAGGUCUUCCUGGAGAACGUCAUCCGGGACGCCGUCACCUACACCGAGCACGCCAAGAGGAAGACCGUCACCGCCAUGGACGUGGUCUACGCUCUCAAGAGGCAGGGACGCACUCUGUACGGCUUCGGAGGCUGAAGCUCCAUCCAGCGACCAAACAAAACAAAGGCCCUUUUCAGGGCCGCCCA